GAGGCUCUGAGGGAAGAUGAAGGCGGCGGCCAUGUUGGCAGCUUUGGACUGCCUUCGACGGGGGUUCUGCUGAGGGGUCUGCGUGGGGGGAGCGGUCGCUGAAUAAUCAACACGCGCUCGCGCCUAAACUUAGAGUAGUGGAGUGCCCGCUCGGGCUGUGAGAGGGUUCGCUUAGCCGCCCGUGUCCGGCCUCAGGAGCGCUCGGCAAAGGGGGUCCCUGUCCGGGGAGCCGGCGCCAUGAGCGGGGGGACGCCCUACAUCGGCAGCAAGAUCAGCCUCAUCUCCAAGGCCGAGAUCCGCUAUGAAGGGAUCCUGUACACCAUCGACACCGAAAACUCCACCGUGGCGCUGGCCAAGGUACGUUCCUUUGGUACAGAAGAUAGACCAACAGAUCGUCCUAUACCACCUCGUGAUGAAGUCUUUGAGUAUAUUAUAUUCCGUGGCAGUGAUAUUAAAGACCUUACUGUUUGUGAGCCACCAAAGCCACAGUGUUCUCUGCCUCAGGACCCUGCUAUUGUUCAGUCUUCACUAGGAUCGUCUUCUACUUCUUCAUUCCAAUCUGUGGGAUCCUAUGGUCCUUUUGGCAGGAUGCCAGCAUACAGUCAGUUUAGUCCAAGUCCAUUAGUGGGGCAGCAGUUUGGUGCUGUUGGAGUUGCAGGGGGUUCCUUGACAUCUUUUGGAACAGAAACUUCAGCUAGUGCUAGCUUAUCCCAAAGCAGUGCAGUUGGUUCCGUCUUUACAGCAGAUGCAAGAUCACUAAAAACACAGCUAUCUCAAGCAGAAAUUUGUCAACAUCACUCAUGCUAUCGUGCAGUUUAUGCAUGUCUGGGUGUCUCUAUUCAAGAGAUGCCUAUGGCUGCGGUAGCAGGUCGUUCAAGUCCUCAGAUAGACCAUUUGAGAAAGAGCCCAACCAUGGAACAAGCAGUACAAACAGCUUCAGCCCAUUUACCUGCUCCAGCACCUGUUGGGAGAAGGAGUCCUAUACCAGCCAGACCUUUCGCAUCUGGUAGCCAAAAAUCUUUAGAGAAUCAGGAGCACAGACGAGCUGAAGCACACAAGGUUUCAAGAUCAGAAAAUGAGCAACUCAGAAAUGAAAACAAGCGACAAAUUGCUCCAGGUGGACCUUCAACACGAAGAGGCCGUGGUGGUCACCGUGGUGGCAGAGGACGAUUUGGUAUUAGGCGGGAUGGCCCAAUGAAGUUUGAGAAGGACUUUGACUUUGAAAGUGCAAAUGCACAAUUCAACAAGGAGGAAAUUGAUAGAGAAUUUCAUAAUAAACUUAAAUUAAAAGAAGAUAAACUUGAGAAACCAGAGAAGCCUGUAAAUGGGGAAGAUAAAGGAGACUCAGGUGUUGACACCCAAAACAGUGAAGGGAAUGCUGAUGAAGAAGAUCCACUUGGACCCAACUGCUACUAUGACAAAACCAAAUCCUUUUUUGAUAACAUCUCUUGUGAUGACAAUAGAGAACGGAGACCAACCUGGGCUGAAGAAAGAAGGUUAAAUGCGGAGACUUUCGGCAUACCACUGCGUUCAAAUCGUGGUCGUGGCGGCUACCGCGGUAGAGGAGGAAUUGGUUUCCGUGGUGGCAGAGGACGUGGAGGUGGAAGAGGUGGCUUCGGCGCUCCUCGAGGAUUUCGUGGCGGAUUCAGAGGUGGUCGUGGAGGCAGGGAGUUUGCUGACUUUGAAUAUAGGAAAGACAACAAAGUUUCUGCAUAGUCUACAAGAAAGCUGGAACCAGGUGAACUUCUAGAUCUUCAUGGUCGAGAGAAUUAGUUUCAGUCUUUGCAAAGAAUGAAGUUAAUUUGCUGUAUACUUGUCACCAGCACUGGGAUUUAACUAUUUAAUUUCAAAGGGGGGUAAUGCAGUUACUUUUUGAAAAAUGGCCAUCUUUGAAAACAAGGAGCAUUAAAUAUAUUUGAGAUAGAAGGGUAAGUAAUUUCUUAUGUAUAGUUAGCUAUAAAGCAGUACUUCGAUGGAAUUUAAGUAUUUUUUCAUCACUGAAAGGAUUUUUCUUAUUACUAAACUGUAUUUAAUAAUUGCCGCAAGUUACAAGGACAAUUGUAUGCAGAAGGCCGUCGAUACUGUGAGUGUUUUGAUCCACUGAAGGUUGUUUUUUGGAAAUCCUGUAAUAUCCCUUUUGAGAUAGUUGUACUUUGUCAACUAGGGUGCUGGACAGUAGAAAACUUGCUUUGUCAGACAAAUAUGUACACACAGUAAAUAUUGUUUCUUAGGCAAAGGAAACUUUUUAUAUAGUUGUAAAAUUCCAUUAUAUCCCAUUGCCAAAGAAACAUUACAAACUUUGUAUAGCUGUAUAAAAAGCAACUAAUUUUUUAAAGAAUAAACAUUUUUAAGUCAGCAAACAUACUAUGUUAUUGCAAAAGUUGAUAUGCUAAAGAACACUGAGUUAGUUUGUUUUCUUAGUAGCUUUUCAGGCUUUAAAUUUGUUUGAUUUUUACAUUUGGAUUAUAAUGAAGAUUUGAAAAUGUUCUUCCAUUAUACAAAACUGGAUACUCUUCUUUCUUGCAAGAACUUCAUUUUGUAAUGUCUGGCAUAUCACAGGAUUUGACCAAAUUAAGAUUUUUCAAAUAAGAACAAAAAUAAAACAUUUUGUUAUAUGUCAGAACUUGCAAUUAAUUUUACUUAUUCACUUUUUAAAAAAUGGACCAGGCAUAUGAGUUAAUAUGCUCCUUCUAAAAUGCUUGGGAUGAAAAUAUGCCUUCAUGUGUCAAUUCUUGAAAUGUUAACUUUGUUGUAAUACCAGUAGACAUAAUCAAUUUAAAGAGAAUUCUUAGUGUUUUGAAGUUGUUUGCAUUUUGAUAGACUCUAGCUUGGAGACAUUAACAAUUCUGGUUGUUAGACCAGUGAACCCACAAAUGACUUGGUAUGGAUUUUUUUGUCAAUUCUAAAUGACUAGUUACAACUUUUUGAUAUGUUUAAGUUAUAAUUGAAAAAGGAAUCUGGUAAUUUGCAUUUGUAUAUGUAUAUGAAGGCCACAGGAAUAAAGGGAUCCAAAGAUUAAAAUUUUUUGAUCUGAUUUGCUCAUUUUUGUUAACUUUAUCCUCAAAAUGUUCAGUGGUGAUAAAGAUGUGGAAAACUGCACUGUUGGAAAAUUGGAAUAUUUAAAAGUGGUUGAUAGAAUCUUAUCUUAAUUUUAUAUCUUUUUGUAUAGCACUCACUACAAGGAAGUAUUUUGUAAUUGGUUUCCUUAUUAAGGUCCAGUAUUGGCAGCCGUAGAAGUUAGAUAAUAUUGUUUAGUAAUGUUUUUUGCAUGUUAUCAACAAUGCCUUUUUGGGAACCACAAAUCAUGAUCCUGAACAACUUCUGAGGUUUUUGAACAUAAAGGCAAGUGCUGUACUGUUGCAAUAACCAUGUAUACUGUAUGAGGUGUCCCAGGCUUAUUUAAACAAGAGAAAUUGUAAAUAUUUACCAAUGAUUCAUGCUGUGAAGGUCUUUGUUGAUGCAUCUUCCCCCACUUGUUUGGGUUACUAAUUGGGGUGUUUUGUACCCCAGUAACUAGCAGCAUGGCAUACCUUCAGUGUACUUUGCUACAUGAAAGUAAGGUUUUUAUUUUAAGCCAGAAUAAACAG